AUGCAGACGAUCAAAUGUGUUGUGGUCGGUGAUGGAGCCGUGGGUAAGACGUGCCUCCUAAUCUCCUACACCACUAACAAAUUCCCGUCGGAAUAUGUGCCGACUGUAUUUGAUAACUACGCGGUCACGGUCAUGAUCGGUGGCGAACCGUAUACCUUGGGGCUCUUCGACACGGCCGGACAGGAAGACUAUGACCGAUUGAGGCCGCUUUCUUACCCGCAAACCGACGUGUUCCUCGUUUGUUUCUCCGUGGUUGCCCCAGCUUCAUUCGAAAACGUCAAGGAAAAGUGGGUACCCGAAAUCGCACAUCACUGCUCAAGAACACCAUUUUUGCUGGUCGGCACACAGGUCGAUCUUCGGGAUGACCCGGGAAUGCAGGAGAAGCUCGCAAAGAACAAGCAAAAGCCGAUCAGCACCGAUAUGGGCGAGAAGCUGGCCAAGGAACUCAAGGCGGUCAAAUACGUCGAAUGCUCAGCUUUAACGCAGAAGGGACUGAAAAACGUGUUCGACGAGGCAAUUCUUGCUGCACUGGACCCGCCCACCGACAACAAGAAGAAGAAGUGCGUCAUCCUG